AUGGAGAUGGAAGAAUUACUGAAGAUGAAAUCCGGGAGCCUGAGUGCUAAAGCAAACAAGCUGUCAGUUAACAAAAAAGAGGAAGAUAUUUAUGCAAAAGUAAUUAUGGAAGAAUUAGACCCCAACAAGCUUGGGUACAUCAUGAUACAAGACUUGGAGAAGCUCCUACAGCCGGAGGACUUGGACGCGGACUACAGCCGGAAUCUGAGCAAGCUGCCGAGUGAGAUCCGCAGACCGCCAACGAAAAUCGAGGUGCUCAUCAAGCGGUUCUACAGAGGCGCUGCGUAUUUUUUGGACGCAAAUUGGCGGAGGGUGUGGGUGCUGGCGCUGUGGAUUGGAGUUAUGGCGGCGCUUUUCGCCUACAAAUAUGUGCAGUACAAAAACAAGGCGGCUUUCGAGGUGAUGGGGCACUGCGUUUGUAUGGCCAAAGGCGCGGCCGAGACGCUCAAGCUCAACAUGGCGCUGGUUCUGCUCCCCAUGUGCCGGAACACCAUCACGUGGCUCAGGAACAGGACUAGCUUAGGCGCGGUUCUUCCCUUUGAUGACAAUAUCAAUUUCCAUAUGAUUGUUGCCACGGCGAUCGGAAUAGGAGUUGGAAUACACGGGAUAAGCCAUCUGGCGUGCGAUUUUCCGCGACUCAUGCAUGCGAGCCCGGAGGAGUACAAGAAGAUGGCACCGUACUUUGGAGAUGAUCAGCCAAAGAGUUAUUGGCAUUAUGUGAGAGGGCAUGAGGGUGUGACAGGGAUAGUGAUGGUGGUUUUGAUGGCUAUAGCAUUCACACUUGCAUCACCAUUUUUUAGAAGGAACAAAGUGCAUCUACCAAAGCCUUUGGACAAGCUUGCAGGGUUCAAUGCCUUCUGGUAUUCACACCACAUGUUCAUCAUUGUCUAUACCCUUCUCAUUCUUCAUGGAAUCAACCUAUAUAUGACCCAUGAAUGGUACAACAAAACUACUUGGAUGUAUGUUGCCAUUCCUAUCACAAUUUAUGUUGGAGAAAGAUUGAUAAGAGCCUUCAGAUCCAGCGUCAAGCCAGUCAAGACCCUUAGGGUGGCAUUCUACCCAGGAAAAGUGUUAGCACUGCACAUGAAGCCUCAUAAAGAAACAUUCAGAUAUAAAAGUGGACAGUAUAUUUUUGUCAACUGUUCAGCUGUUUCUCCAUUUGAAUGGCACCCUUUUUCAAUAACUUCAGCUCCUAGAGAAGAUUAUUUAAGUGUUCACAUUCGGGAUGCCGGUGACUGGACCAAAAAAAUUCAGGAAGUAUUCAGCUCAAAGGUACCUCGGCCGCCACUUACAGAAAAAAGUGGACAUCAGUCAACCAAGUUUAUUGAUGUAGAAAAUAAUCAUAAUAUACCAAAAAUACUAAUCAACGGUCCUUACGGAGCACCAACACAAGACUACAAAAAAUACGAAAUUGUGGUACUAAUAGGGCUGGGGAUUGGCGCAACCCCAAUGAUCAGCGUGGUGAAGGACAUCGCCACCAAUAUAAAAGCCAUGGAGGAUGAAGAGAACGCGAUCGAGGAGGGAAGCCGUGGCGGUGAUAAACAUGAUCAAUUCAAGACGAAAAAGGCUUACUUCUAUUGGGUGACUAAAGAGCAGGGUACGUUCGAUUGGUUCAAGGGCGUGAUGAAUGAGGUUGUCGAAAUGGACCAUAACCGAGUCAUAGAAAUGCACAAUUACUGCACAAAUGUGUAUGAAGAAGGGAAUGCUCGUUCCCUCCUAAUUUCUAAGCUUCAAUCAAUCAUCCUUGCUAAAAGUGGAAUCGAUAUUGUGGCUGGGACAAGGGUCAAGUCACACUUUGGUAGGCCUAAUUGGGACACAGUCUUCCAAACAAUUUCAACGAAUCAUCCUGAUUCUAAAGUUGGAGUGUUUUAUUGUGGGGCACCAGCAACGAUGAGAGAUCUGAAAAAGGCAACUAAAAUUUCUCACCCGAACCCAGCCAAAUUUGUACUCCACAAAGAAAACUUUUAACAUUAUAAUCGAAAAGUUGGGUUGUAAAUUUGUAAUGUUAUUUUCAAGAUCCAAUUUUAAUCGUACUGAUGAA